GAUCAUGAGGGCGUGUGUAUCUGUGACCCGAAUGAACACUGCCUCGAUAUAAAGUUUUUUUUUUUUUUUUUACUUUUCCUGUUUUUCGGUUUUCUUCGUUAUUACGAGGAUUCUACAGAACGCCAGGUGAUUACCCAGAAGCAGAAGCUACGGCAGAUAUCAAUUAAUAUAAUAACAUUUUAGAAACAAACAUGAAAAUAAACCGGGAAGGAGGAAAAUAGGUGUGGUACAAGUUCAUGUACGUCUAUGUACGUCUCUAUAGGAGUACGGUGUAUGGGUGUAUGUAGGUUAAGAAGUGGCUCGUGUCUCGAUUUCUCACACACAGUCUGCUGAUUAAUGGGCGUGACAGUGCACGUUGGCUGAUGGAGGUGUUACUAACUCUCAUAACAAAGAUGUCGGCAAAAAUCCCCAAAGUCGAUGCACCAAAUGAGACGACCUCCCUCACUUCGAGGCGGGUCGAGGGAGCAGCAGCAGCAACAGAUGCAAUGGCGGUGGAGGAGGAAGAAACAACACAAAUCCCACCAGAGAUCGAUUCAGAACUCCUUUUCGACCUCCAGAUGGUGCUGGAUGGCUUCACGCAGUGCAAGAAGGACGAUGGACAGUUGUACCUCGAUGGGUACCUUAGGGCCUACAGUGAGAUUAACAAAUUCUUUCAAAUCCUUGGCAAUGUGUUCAACUUUGUGGCUCAGGAUGUGCAGAAGAAG